ACAAAACUUUAUUCCAGUUCAUGAAGAAAUGACAUUGAGAAAUCUGUGUCCCACCGGCCAAUCUAGCCUUUGAUCAAAUCUUCCUUUUCCCAAUUUUCGUUGUUAGCUGUCUCCAACGUUUCCACUCCGCUUUCCUUCCCCCUUGUCACCGGUACUUUUUCUUCCAAUUCCAAGCCUUUUAUUCUUCCAAUAUUUCUUAACUUUCAACCCAUAAUCAUUAAUGGGAUAGCUGAGUUCUGCUCCUUCAAGAUGCAAACUUUGAAAGAGAAGGUCACAGACAAGCUCUCUCGCCUCUUCGCCGAUUCUCCGCAGUCUACCCCUCAUCAGGGCAGCUCCUACUCUAAAGAGGGUAGAUCUUGGUCUUCAUAUUUUUCCUACGCUAUUCCUUCUGUCAGUUUCAGUGGGUCCAAGACAAGUAACCAGCAAUAUGAUCUUAAACCAGUUCAAGUUACAUAUAAUAAUCUUGAGCCUCAAGAUGAUUCAUUGGAUGAAUAUGUUGACUGUAGUCCAGUGUAUAAAAGCAUGAACUUUUUGAAAGAUAAGAUUAAAGAUGAUGAUCAGGCCUCCAGGAGGACUAGUUGCAGUUCGGAAGUUUUUGAAGAAGCAAAUGCACAAACUCCUAAUUCAUCGAAGAAGCCCCGGGUCAAUCUGACUGAUGACUCUAUUUUUAUUUCAACUGAGUUGUAUGAAUUUUUUGAGUCAUGUCUACCCAAUAUAGUUAAAGGGUGUCAAUGGGUCUUACUUUAUAGUACUUUGAAACAUGGAAUAUCACUUCGUACACUAAUUCGCAAGAGUGCUGAACUUCCUGGUCCCGGAUUGCUAAUUGUUGGAGAUAAGCAAGGUGCCGUGUUUGGUGGGUUGCUGGACUGUCCUUUAAAACCUACAGCAAAACGAAAGUAUCAAGGGACAAACCAAUCUUUUGUUUUUACUACAUUAUAUGGUGAACCAAGGUUGUUUCGGCCAACUGGUGCCAACCGGUACUACUGCAUGUGUUUGAAUGACUUGCUUGCACUUGGUGGGGGUGGUAAUUUUGCUUUAUGCUUGGAUGGAGAUCUGUUGAACGGAACUAGUGGACCUUGCGACACAUUUGGAAGCUCGUGCCUGGCUCAUAGUCCAGAGUUUGAGUUAAAGAAUGUUGAGUAUGCUCGUAAGUUUUUUCACUUGUCAUGAAAUAGAGAAGACCUUGUCUUCUGUGACGGUUUCUUGGAAAAGACUUGAUACGUAUGCCUGCUGCUGCCCUGCUUCAUUUAAACUCGAUUCAAUUAAGAUGCCCUUUUCUUGCUAGACCAGUGUUGAGAAGUGAAAUUUUUUAUGCUUGAGUUAUCAUCCAUUAGUGCUUGAGUCUGAGAUACGGCCAGUCGGCUGGUCCGAAAACGAUAGAUAGAUAUAUGACCAAUCAGAAAGCAUUGUACGCAUGAAACGUGAGCAACAUGAUGGAAAUAAUAAUUAUUCCAACCAAUCACUAACUGCGUGGAUCAACAGGUAAAAGAGUGUUUUUGUUUCACCGGUGGUCUCGGUGGUAGAGCCUGCUGCCCAAAAGGGUUCUACAAUGCUCGAUUUGGAUUAGUCUAAGCCUUUGUUAAGUCCUCUCAACUUGAUAUGGAGGAGGUCUAGAAUGGCAAGUGCCAAUCAAUAAAAGGAGAUAACAAUUCCAACUCAAGGGAAAAACAAGACAAUGUGUUAGGGAGUGCAAGUUGUAUUUAAGCUUGUGAAACACGAUUUUGCUUUUCUUUUGCUCAUUGUAGGGGAGACAUAUUCAUUGUGUUGCUGUGCAUUGCUACUAUACUGUAUAUU